AUGACAAAGAUGAUAAGUCAGCCACCUGAUUGGUUAUACCGCCUUCCAUGCCUUACAACUUUACACAUCGGAAAGUAUUUCGAGCGACAUGAAUUUCCAGAUAUGAGCUUCCUCUGGAAAAUCACUUCUCUCAAAAUUUUGUAUUUGUAUGGUUGGGAAAAGCUGCAUAGUCUUCCAGAACAACUCCAACACUUGACAACGCUGAAAGCUCUGCUAAUUACUGAUUUCGAGAAUAUAGAAUAUCUCCCUGAUUGCCUCGGAAAUCUUUCAUCUCUUGAUUCAUUGUAUACCUUCAAGUGCAAGAAUUUGAAAAAACUACCGACAGAGGAUGCCAUCAAGCGACUCACCAAAUUAAGAUAUUUGGAUAUUAGAGAGUGCCCACUGCUGGAGAAAGCCGUCAAGGUUAAUGGGACAGAGCAUCACAAAAUUUCCAACAUUACAGUCUGGGUUAAUUGA